AUUAUAGCAACAUCUUCUAAUAGCUCUACAUCAUCAAAAGAACGUCAAAAGCAACUUAAACUUCAAUCCUUACUUUAUACCGAAGUUGUAGUUGAAACUGGUGAAACUCCUGUUAUAAAUACUAAUUCUGGUUCUGAUUCUGAUGACCUUUCACCUUUACCUAAUACUGAAGUUCCUACAAUUACUAAUCUUGAGUUUACUAAUACCCAAAGUAAUCUAAUUUCUCACUAUGAUAAAACCAAACGUCAUGAUAUAGGUAGAAUGGAUCAGACCUGUCGAUAUUGUAAAGCUAAGUUUUGGAUGAUUAAAAAGAUCAAAAUAGUGGAUGUGCCGCUCCAAAAUUUCCUCUUUGUUGUGCUAAUGGCAAAGUUUGAGUUUCGUAAACAUGCUAGAGGUUAUAACAGUGCCUUAGCUUGUACAUCUUUUGGUGCUAAUGUAGAUAACCAAUUUUUGGGACAUGGCAUAUUAAAUUUUCGAAUUCAUGGUCAAGUUUAUCAUUUAAUUGAAUUAUUAUUACCAAAUGAAGGUUACACACCAGCAUUUGCUCAAAUAUAUAUUUAUGAUACUGCAAAUGAAAUUACAAAUCAUCAUAAUAGUUUACAGAAUAUGUUAGAUAUUUGCAACCCAUAUAUUCAAAAUUUUUGUCAAGUAAGAGAUAUUAUACGUGAUAAUGCAACUACUGAAAUUUCAAUGAUAAUUCAUGGUGAUAGAAAUCAAGAUAUUCGUCAUUAUAAUGCUCUAUCAGCUCCUGAUGUAGCUGCAAUAAUGGUAGGUGAUGGUCAUGAGGUAAAUCCAACAAAUCGGGAUAUUCUUCUUAAAACACGUGAUGGAAAUUUGCAAAAAAUAGCAGAGGUUCAUCCUUCAUAUGAUUUACUUCACUAUGUAUUAUUAUUCCCUAAAGAAAAUCUUCAAGAUGUUGCUAACCGUACUAAAAAUCGUAUAACAACCUUAACAGCUUGGUUUCAGGAGAAUAUGGAAAACCCAAUAGCACGUAUAUAUGCCUAUGUUGAUUUUCCUUCUUAUUAUACUUGGAAUCCUUCACACUACAAAUGGACACCUAGAAAAACAUCAGCAACUAUGAUUGGUCGACUUUAUAUAGUUCAACCUUCAGAAGGUGAAAGAUAUUACUUACGAACUUUACUUAGCUAUGUAAAAGGUGCAACUAGCUUCGAUGAUCUGAAAACUAUAAAUGACUAUAUAUGCAGUAGCUUUAAAGAAGCUUGCUCUUAUCUUGGUCUUCUUCAAGAUGAUACAGAAUGGGAUGCCUGUUUGCUUGAAGCAACUUUUGUACAAACAGGACACCAAUAA